GAAGCAGUAACAAUCAGGCUUGUCCCUUCGGGGACAUCCGAUAAAAUUGGAACGAUACAGAGAAGAUUAGCAUGGCCCCUGCGCAAGGAUGACACGCAUAAAUCGAGAAAUGGUCCAAAGAUUGAAUGCUACUGUACCACAUUGGUUGAAACUACCUCCAAUAUGCAGUUUAUAUUUUACAUGAUCGCCAAAGUUGCUGUCCCUUCGGGGACAUCCGAUAAAAUUGGAACGAUACAGAGAAGAUUAGCAUGGCCCCUGCGCAAGGAUGACACGCAUAAAUCGAGAAAUGGUCCAAAUUUUUUUUCCUUCCUCGCAUUCGAUGUUUUCCCUUACCUUCCCCUCUAG